AUGGCGGCGCGCGGCUUUGCCUACGUGAGCGAAGAAGGGGAGUCCGAAAUCGAGCGUGGGGAAGACAGCAAUUACACCAACUCGCGCUACUCGCUCAACUCGGCGGACGAGGACGACAACUUCGAGGAGGGUGCUGCCGGGCUUAAGCAAGCCAUGCAAAAUCAGAGGGAAGUCCUCAUGGGCCUCUUCAAGCGGCUUGACGCGGAUGGCUCCGGCGUCAUCGACACUGAGGAGCUCCAGCGCGCCCUGCGUUCCGUCGGACAGCACCCAGCACGGGCUGAAAAGCUCAUCGCGGCGGCCGACGAGAACUGCAACGGCAAAGUGGAGAUCGAUGAGUGGAACAACGUGGUAAACCGUCUCGUGGCCGGCAAAGGCUCCGGCACUCUCAAGGUCUUCACCAGCGCCUUGAUGGAGAAUGAGUACGGCAAGUAUGGCACCAAGAUGCAGCACUCUUUGACCUGGAAUUGGGACGAGAUCCGGUGUAAGCCCUGGCGUUGGUUCCUCUCCUGCCACUCCUCCCUACGGUUAGCAUGGGACGUGCUGCUUCUGGUGCUUCUCUGCUACAUCGCGGUGGUGCUUCCCUUCACCCUUGCCUACCUGGAAGAGGAUGGCGCGCAUGGCUAUCUCAACGUCGGCAUCGAUUUCUGCUUCAUCUUCGACAUCUUCUUGAACUUCCGCACCACCUUCAUCAACGAGGCUGGCGAGGAAGUACGCAGCAACCGGCUCAUCGCCAAGAACUACCUCACCUCCUGGUUUACUCUUGACUUUGUGACCGCGUUGCCUUUGGAGCAUCUUGUCGACGGCGUGCCCGGGCAGGUGGAGAGCGUGAAGCUGUUGCGCGGCAGCAAGAUCUUCAAGAUUUUGAAAGUCAUCCGGGCGAUCAAGCUCAUCAAGAUCUUCAGGGCCUCAGAGUUGGGGAGCCGUUUAGAAGACUUCGUGACGCAGCUCGGCGGCACUUCAUGGCCCUGUGAGCUGCUGCAUGCUGUGUCACUGGCUGGCAUGCUUCAUGCCCAUUUCUGGACAUGGGUUCCUGAAUGA